GACCGUCGCUGCUUUCGGGGUUCCGGAGCCGCGUUUUCCGCAGUCGCAUCUCUGCUCUUCCCGACGCCGCGGACCUCCCGCUUCUCCGGCGACCGCAUCGAUGCGGCUUAUAAGCCCCGGAUACUCAGACGACGUUCUCUUUGUUGUAUAUCGGGAGAUACAACGAGGCUGUUAAACGAAGGGCCUUCGAUGGCGCAAAUUAAAGCCGUAACGCAAAUGAUUGCCCCGCUGCAUGCCAGUGGCCCGACAAACGAUUGCGAUGCUGGGUAAAAAAAUAAAAAUCUGCGCCGGUGACGGGAUUCUGGUCGUCACUGUAGGGUGACACAAAGCCUGGGCACGAUCCGGCUGACGGGUAACUGUUCUGGCUGAGAGGAAUAACAAAAAUCAGGCUUCUUUAUUAUUGAUGAGCGUUUAUAGGCAUCGUUUAUUUUCAUGUCGCGCAGAUCGCCGCCGAGGACUCCGAAGCGGGCCCCCCGAAACAAAGCUCACGCCGGCGGUGCUGCAUAGCCGUUAGCCGCCCGGCUAACAUGCCCAGUCGGUUUCCCCCGUGCUUCAGACUGUUUACCAAAGAAAUGGUGAUGGAGAAGCCAAGUCCCCUGCUGGUCGGGCGGGAGUUCGUGAGGCAGUAUUACACACUCUUAAACAAAGCGCCGGAUUUCCUGCACAGGUUCUACGGCAGAAACUCCUCCUAUGUUCAUGGCGGACUGGAUGCCAAUGGCAAGCUGGCGGAGGCAGUAUACGGCCAGGCUGAGAUCCACAAGAAGGUGAUGUCCCUGCAGUUCAGCGAAUGCCACACGAAGAUCCGGCACGUGGACGCACACGCCACCCUGAGUGACGGCGUGGUCGUCCAGGUGAUGGGGGAGCUCUCCAACGCUGGACAGCCGAUGAGGAAGUUCAUGCAGACCUUCGUGCUCGCUCCGGAGGGUUCUGUGGCUAACAAGUUCUACGUGCACAACGACAUUUUCCGUUACGAGGACGAGGUCUUUGGAGAUUCCGAGGCCGAGCUCGACGAAGAGUCUGAAGAAGAAGCUGAGGAGGAGCAGGAGGAGAGGCGACCUUCUCCUGAGCCCAUCCAGGACAGUCCCAACAGCAGCCCCUACUAUGAGUCACACCCUGUGGCCAAUGGUGUGGAGGAACCUCCAGAGGAACCUGCCCCGGAAGCAGAACCAGAACCUGAACCAGAGCAGAAGGUCGAGGAGCUAAAGCCUGAGAUUGAGGAGAAGGUUCCUGAGGAGCUGGAGGAGAAGGCGCCCUCCCCUGUUCCUGUCGAGUCUCCACCCAAUACCCAGGAGCCACCUAAGACCUUCUCCUGGGCUUCAGUUACCAGUAAAAACCUACCGCCCAGUGGAACAGUCACUCCCUAUGGAAUAUCGCCCCAUGUUGUUAAAGCUCCAAGCUCACAGCCCAGGGUGGAGGCCAAGCAGGACUCGCCAGCUGCUCCGCUUAGAGUGCGGGACCAACGCACCAGAGAGAGGCCAGCCUUCAUUUCACGAGGGCCCAGACCUGAUGGAGCGACAUCUGAGCCACAGGUUGGGAAGCCUCCCUUCAGCUUUGUCAGCAAAGGAAGGGGAGAGUCGGAAGGGAGCGAAAUGGACAGCAGACGGCCUGUUCGGUACCCCGAUAGCCAUCAGCUGUUUGUGGGCAAACCUGCCUCACGACAUAGACGAGACGAGCUGAAAGAAUUCUUCAUGAAUUAUGGGAACGUUGUUGAGCUGCGGAUCAACACCAAAGGGGUUGGUGGCAAGCUGCCCAAUUUCGGCUUUGUGGUCUUCGACGACUCUGACCCCGUGCAAAGGAUCUUGGGGGCGAAGCCCAUAAUGUUCCGGGGAGAGGUGCGGCUGAACGUGGAGGAGAAGAAGACGCGAGCCAUGCGGGAGCGGGAAACCCGGCCUGGUGGCGCCGACGAUCGCAGAGACCUGCGGCGCAACGACCGGGGCCCCGGAGGCCCGCGGGGUGUCGUGGGAAAUGGGAUGAUGCGCGAUCGAGACGGAAGGGGCCCCCUUCCUAGGGGAGGGAUGGCUGCCAAGCCAGGCCUGGGCUCAGGGAGAGGAGAGAGCCGCUUUGCCACCCAGCGCCGCUGAAAUAGCGCCCCCUGCUGUUUGGAAGUAGUACCACGUUCAUCUUUACUUUUUUUUUUUUUUUUUGCGUUAAUUAAAUCACAUGUAUAAACACACCUUUUUUCCCUCCCCUUUUUGGCUUUGGAAUGUGACAGCCUGUCCUCCAUUUUCCUUGAUGUGAAACCGACUCACAUGCAUUAUACCAGCUUUCAAGCUGAAAUAUUCCUGCUCAAUUUGUAAACGUUACUUUUUUUUUUUUUUUUUUUUGUCGUUUUUGAACAAGCCCACCAUGAGGGGGAGGAUAAAACCUGCAAUGUGAAGAGGGACCGGGAUUUUUUUUUUUAAUUUUUAUUUUUUUAAGUCAUGCAGCCCGCCAGUCGUCAAAGAUCAUGGUUAAACUUGCCUCAAGCUAUGGGGAGGCCGCUUCAGGGAAUCCCGUUGCACUUUUCUGAAUUUAUUGGCCCGUCACUGUUGGAAAUGAGGUGCAGAUUGCGUAGUUUUGCUGGUGGUGGAGGGGAGAACUGGUCACCUCUAUUUUUAACAUUGCUUAAAUCAAAAUUGCAGUAAUGCACUCAUCAAUAUGCACUAAUGGGUAUGUCUGGGUACAUUGGCUUUUUAGGUAGGAUUGCCGGCUGACAGUGUCUGGCUUGCUGUGACCAAUUCAUUUCUCCCUCCUAUUUUACCGCCGUUGUUUUGACCCAUACCGAUGUUUCAGUUGCUGCUGGGAAAAGGACCAAGAGUUUUUCUGAUUUAUCGACCAAUCCUGCACUUCAGCUUGUUUUACGAUCCCCCUCCUCCUCCUAUCCCCCCCCCCCAAGCACAGCAAGCCUCUGGCUCCUCUGUGCCUUUACUGGCGUACCAUUUCUGUUGCUUUGCCGUCCAGCUUCAGAACGGUGGGGGGACAAAAUAUGGAAAUGCUGAACGACGUAAUAAACGUACAGCUGUAUUACUGUGUGGUUCUGCGGUCUUCUUGUGCAUUUAACUUCUUGAACGCUUCAUGGUGCCUUCUGUUGCAUCUUUCCAGGCUUACUGGUGUGGCUGUGGUUCGAUCUCACGGUGGAACAGUUGCACGACUCCUUUAAGUUAUUUGCAGUAUUCUCGUAGGGGAACAGGGUUGCUGGUGUACAUGUUUGUUUUGUUAUCCAGGUUUAACUUCGCGUUCCUUUAAGACAGAACGUUUUGUACAAGAGUUUUAUAUCGUUUCUGGUUUCGGAGACUAAAGGUGCCUGAAUCUGUCUUCGCUGGUAAAUUUCUGGAGAUGCAUUAGUGCAAGAUGGAUCUUGCAUACGUUUAAUUUUCUCAAACUGCAUCUCUGAGCAAUGUGUGUCUGCGUGUGUGUGGGAAGAAAAGACUGGAAUACCUGGUUUUUGCAAGUGGAAGUGGCUGCCCUGCCCCCCUCCCCCUCCACCCCCGGCACAAAAAAACAAGACGAAUCGGGAAUGUGGAAGACGCUGCACUUAUGUAAAGCAUGAUUACUGACCAUAGAAAUGCAGAACUAGAGACACUUGGCUGUGGAUGUGUCAAAUGGCAUCUAAAAUCAUUGGUUUUGAACCAUUUGGGGAAACUUGAGACGAUGGACAAUAUCGAAUGGACUUUUAAACGGACUUUCUCAUCUCUGCCCUCUGCUGUUAGGUUGGAGGUAUUGCCACUAUCGAACCCCCCCCAAAAUGUGCAAGCUGGGUGGGCCAUCCAUUCUGCUUGCCUUUCGCUCACAGCUGUCGUAGCACCUGCUACGGUUCAUACUGCAAAUCUGUGGCCUUUUUGUUUGUGCCCUCCUCCCCCCCCCCCCCCCCCCCCCCCCCCCCCCCCCCAACUUGUUGGUAUUGUCUUAAACCCGGGAUGUUCAAACUCCGUGUAGAAAUGGACUGAUGUAGCGCCUUCGGGAUUUUCCUCAUCUUGCACUACUUCCAGUGUUUCUGGGAUGUGUUAUUGGUUCAAGACUUUUUUUUUUUUUUUUUUUUCGCUCUUCAUUGUUAAAUUUAAAGGUGUUAAUGUGGUCUAGAAGUUUACAUGUAGGAAGUUCACACUGAGGGAAGGUUGCAAGGUUGGGUUUAAAUUACAUAAUAAAACUGCUGGUUACAUGC